ACUUGCUCCGCUCUUCCUCUUCCUACUAGUGUCCAUAGCGUGCUGAAGCGAGAGACAUACAUCAGUAGAGCAGAGGCGCGUACGUGGACUGACUGUGGAGUGGAGAUGUCUUACGCUCUGCACCUCUCUUUUCCCAGCUAUGGCUUCCUCUACCCUGUAAGGAGUCGGAAGAGAGGAAUCGUCGCCCAUGCACGGCCUUCUCCCAAUCCUGAGCUGAAUGGAGAACCACAUGAGCAGACCACCAGUGGCAGAGACCAGGCCGAAGUCGAACCUCGUCUGAUAUUGGUCGAGAGAUACAGCGAUGGCACCUCUAAGAGGUAUGUGCUGCAUGAGGAGGACUCGCGAUUACAAACUUCCCUCGAGGUUAAGGAUCAACGGUCCACCAGUAAUGGCUUUGAUUUCUCUGACUCAGAGCUAUCCUGGCUUCCUGAUCCCGUCAAGGAAUUCGUCUUUCCUGGAGGCUUCCCUGGAUCGGUUUCGGAUGAUUACUUGGAAUACAUGUUACUACAAUUCCCCACAAAUGUUACAGCAUGGAUCUGUCAUGCCUUGGUUACGUCAAGUCUAUUGAAGGCUGUUGGUGUUGGUUCUUUCUCUGGGACUACUGCUGCUGCCUCGGCUGCUGCCAUCAGAUGGGUGUCAAAGGAUGGAAUUGGAGCUGUUGGGCGUCUUCUAAUCGGUGGACGAUUUGGAAGUCUUUUUGACGAUGAUCCAAAACAAUGGCGCAUGUAUGCCGAUUUCAUAGGCAGUGCUGGAAGCAUCUUUGACUUGAGCACUCAAUUAUAUCCCACCUAUUUCUUGCCGCUGGCAUCUCUUGGAAAUCUCACCAAGGCUGUAGCUAGAGGGCUAAAAGAUCCCUCAUUCCGAGUUAUUCAGAAUCAUUUUGCAAUAUCAGGGAAUCUGGGAGAGGUAGCAGCAAAGGAGGAAGUUUGGGAAGUGGCUGCUCAGUUGCUUGGCCUUGCACUAGGCAUUCUGAUCUUGGAUACACCUGGACUUGUCAAAUCUUACCCCUCGUUGGCGUUUACAUGGACGAGCAUGAGGCUUCUUCACCUCUGGUUACGAUAUCAGUCUCUUACAGCCCUAAAAUUCGACACUAUAAAUCUGAAGCGUGCUUGUAUACUUGUGAAAUCACAUGUUGUAAGCGCGAACAUUCCAGGAUGUGAUGAAUGUAAUAAGAGAGAGAAUAUAUUGCUAUGGCAGAGAUUUCUGAAGCCUCGAAUCAUUUUCGGUGUGUCCUUUGAAGAGAUGGUGAACGGAGACAUCUCUGUGCUCAUGGCGAAGGAACUUCUCCGACUGUACUCAAAGGAGAAGUAUAUCCUCACAGUGGACCAACGGGGCAAUGACUUUGAGGUUCUCGUGGCAUUCAAGGUCGGGGCGACGAGUUUAUCAGUCUUGAGAAGUGUUUGGCAGGCUUGUUGGCUGCACGAGAACUGCGGCGUUUCACACAAUGUUCUUGAUCAGCUCGCUCAAAGCCUACUUGACAUGGAGAAGCGGUUCGAGAAUUUCAUGGAACAACUGGAGGAAGCUGAGUGGGACAUUCACAAUUUAAACCUCAAGGUUACUUCAGAGAUCUUCAUUGAUGAGAUUGUUACAAGUUGAUCUCCCCGACAAGAUUAGAGUACUACUAAUCAACAGGCGGUUCUCUCCAAGACUCGAGUUAUAGUUGAAGUGGUAAUGGGUCUCAUGUGGGACCUGACACUCAACUCGAUCUGAAGAGGUAACAAAUCUGAACCUUUCUCAAACCUUAUCAGAUAUGAUCAGCACUGAGAAGAAAAACAUUUUCUUUUUGUUUGUUUUUGGUAAUCAGUUUUUUCUAAUCAAAUCCAAAGAAAUUAUUGGUGCCGUUCGCUCAACCAUAUUAUCAGUUUGUUUAUCAGAAGCUGUUGGCCAGAUGACAAACCCCCCCCCCCCCCCCCAAAAAAACCAAAAGGUAGUGUUUCUUUUUGGGCGAGCCAAAGUUGGUUGUGAGAAUUAAUUGCUCUUUCUCAGAAGGAAUUGGAACAAUUUGUAUUAAAGAAUAGCCUAUACAGAGGAUUUACAUGAAUUUAUGGGUUUGUGGGAUACGCAUGUGUUAAUAAUUAAAUGGAAAGAAGAUAGUGAUACGAGAUAC